AUGGAGACUGAAUGUGAGAGUAGCACUUCAGGAGAUGAUAGUGUCUUUUGGUUGGAUUUUGAAGUUUUAACCGAGAUGACUGGCAGUGAAGAGGGAGAGAGGGACGACAACUUCAGGAAGAUGAAGUCCUCGGUACAUUCUGAAGAGGAUGAUUUUGUUCCAGAACUACAUAGAAAUGUUCAUCCUCGCGAGCGGCCUGAUUGGGAAGAAACACUUAGCACAAUGGCAAGAGGAGCAGAUGUUCCAGAGAUUCCUGGAGAUCUUAGUCUUAAGACAUGUGGCAGUACAGCCAGUAUGAAGGUUAAACAUGUGAAAAAGUUACCCUUCACUAAAGGUCACUUUCCGAAGAUGGCUGAAUGUGCACAUUUCCAUUAUGAGAACGUUGAGUUUGGCAGCAUACAGCUUUCACUUUCAGAAGAACAGAAUGAAAUAACGAAAAAUGGCUGUGAAUCUAAAGAGCUGGUCUACCUCGUGCACAUUGCUUGUCAGGGCAAAAGUUGGAUUGUUAAAAGAAGUUAUGAAGAUUUUCGGGUACUUGAUAAACAUCUUCAUUUAUGUAUUUAUGACCGACGAUUCUCCCAACUCUCAGAGCUUCCCCGUUCUGAUGCCCUGAAGGACAGUCCAGAGUCUGUCACUCAGAUGCUUAUGGCUUACCUAUCCCGCCUUUCAGCUAUUGCUGGCAACAAGAUCAAUUGUGGACCUGCCCUUACCUGGAUGGAGAUUGAUAAUAAGGGAAAUCAUCUUCUAGUUCAUGAGGAAUCAUCCAUCAACACUCCUGCUGUUGGCGCUGCCCACGUUAUCAAGAGGUACACUGCUCGGGCCCCUGAUGAAUUGACUUUAGAGGUGGGAGAUAUUGUUUCUGUUAUUGACAUGCCCCCAAAAGUGUUAAGCACAUGGUGGAGAGGCAAGCAUGGAUUUCAGGUGGGACUCUUCCCUGGACACUGUGUUGAAUUAAUUAAUCAGAAAGUUCCCCAGUCAGUGACCAACUCAGUGCCCAAACCAGUGUCUAAAAAGCACGGCAAGCUCAUUACUUUCUUACGCACAUUCAUGAAGUCUCGUCCAACAAAACAGAAGCUGAAGCAGCGGGGGAUUUUGAAAGAGAGGGUGUUUGGUUGUGACCUGGGGGAGCACCUUCUGAAUUCUGGUUUUGAAGUGCCCCAGGUUCUUCAGAGCUGUACAGCAUUCAUUGAGAGAUAUGGCAUUGUGGAUGGAAUAUAUCGUCUCUCUGGCGUUGCCUCUAAUAUCCAGAGACUACGCCAUGAAUUUGACUCUGAACAUGUCCCCGACUUGACAAAAGAACCAUAUGUUCAGGACAUCCAUUCCGUGGGCUCCCUCUGUAAGCUGUAUUUUCGAGAGCUCCCAAACCCUCUGCUUACCUACCAGCUGUAUGAGAAAUUUUCUGAUGCUGUUUCAGCAGCAACAGAUGAAGAAAGGCUGAUAAAAAUUCAUGAUGUCAUCCAGCAACUCCCCCCUCCACACUACAGAACGCUCGAGUUCCUGAUGAGACACUUGUCUCUUCUAGCUGACUAUUGUUCCAUCACAAAUAUGCAUGCAAAAAACCUCGCAAUUGUUUGGGCUCCAAACCUGCUAAGAUCCAAACAGAUAGAAUCUGCCUGCUUCAGUGGAACGGCAGCUUUCAUGGAAGUGAGGAUUCAGUCUGUGGUGGUUGAAUUCAUCCUGAAUCAUGUAGAUGUCCUCUUCAGCGGGAAAAUCAGUGCCGUCAUUCAGGACGGGGCAGCUUCUCUAUCAAGACCCAAGUCCCUGCUGGUUUCCUCUCCGUCCACCAAGCUGCUGACAUUGGAGGAAGCACAGGCACGAACGCAGGCUCAGGUCAGCUCUCCAAUUGUGACUGAAAAUAAAUACAUCGAAGUAGGAGAAGGACCUGCUGCACUUCAGGGAAAGUUUCAUACUAUAAUUGAGUUCCCACUUGAAAGGAGGAGGCCUCAAAAUAAAAUGAAAAAAUCUCCCGUGGGCAGCUGGCGUUCCUUUUUCAACUUGGGGAAAUCGUCAUCCGUUUCCAAGCGGAAGUUGCAGCGGAACGAGAGUGAGCCUUCUGAGAUGAAAGCCCUGUCUCUGAAAGGUGGCAGGGCAGAAGGAACCCUCCGUUCAGCUAAAAGCGAAGAAUCUCUUACAUCUCUCCAUGCAGUUGAUGGUGACUCCAAGCUGUUCCGACCCAGAAGACCCAGAUCUAGCAGUGAUGCACUGAGUGCCUCUUUCAACGGAGAAAUGCUGGGGAACCGCUGUAAUUCCUAUGAUAAUCUGCCCCAUGACAAUGAGAGUGAGGAGGAAGUAGGGCUGCUGCAUAUUCCAGCUCUUAUGUCUUCUCACACAGCCGAGGACGUUGACUUGAGCCCACCGGACAUUGGCGUCGCCAGCCUGGAUUUCGACCCAAUGUCUUUUCAGUGCAGCCCCCCUAAGGCUGAAUCAGAAUGUCUGGAGAGUGGGGCUUCCUUUCUAGAUUCAUUAGGAUACUCCCAGGAGAAAUCAAGCUCCAACAAAAAGGAUACAGAAGCAGGUGGUAGCCAGUCUCAGACGCCAGGAAGCACUGCAAGUUCUGAAGCCGUCUCUCCUCUUCAGGAGAAACUGAGUCCAUUCUUUACCCUGGACUUGAGCCCAACCGAAGAGAAAUCAUCCAAGCCAUCCUCAUUCACUGAAAAGGUCGUCUAUGCUUUCUCUCCAAAGAUUGGACGGAAAUUAAGCAAAUCACCUUCUAUGAACAUAUCUGAGCCAAUUUCAGUGACUCUUCCCACUCGCGUAUCGGAAGUCAUCGGGACUGUGUCAAAUACAGCAGCUCCAAAUGCAUCUUCUCCAACCUGGAGCAAAAGUGUUGAAGACAGUGAUGUCAUAAAUAGAUCCCCCACCCAGGUAGGAAAGAUGAAAACAAAUGAGAGAGAGGCCCAAGGAGGAUGUGAGUCUGAAGUCCAGCCCCUAGACCAGGGGGCUGCUGCAGAAGUAGAGUCUCCAGGGAAAGAGGAGCAGGUCGUCGCGAGCAGUCAGAGUAAGGCUGUACCUUCUGGACAGACUCAGACAGGAGCAGUUACCCAUGACCCCCCUCAGGAUUCCGUUCCUGUCAGUUCAGUCUCUCUUAUCCCACCACCACCGCCUCCGAAAAACGUUGCCCGCCUGUUGGCGCUAGCAUUAGCUGAGUCCGCGCAGCAAGCCUCAACUCAGUCACUGAAGAGACCAGGGACUUCCCAGGCUGCUUAUUCACAUUAUGGAGACAUAGCAGUGGCUGCUACCGAAGAUAAACUGCCCAGUCCCUACUCUAGUGUUACUCUAGAUAAAGCCUAUUUCCAAACUGAUAGGCCAGCAGAGGAGUUCCACCUCCAGCACGGUGUGUCUGGGGACUGUGACCAGCCUAGUCCAGAUCCAGCCGCCCCUGGGAAUCCUCCCCAUGCCAGUGCAACCGAAGCUGGGGAGCAGCUCGACCAGGCAGACUUCCCAGGGAGUUAUCCAUAUCGAACCCAUUUACCUGGGGACCCAGACAAGGCCAGAAUCACUUCUGUUGCCUUAACGGACUCUAAGUCUGAUGAUCACCUAAGUUUCCUUGAAGACCAGUCCGGGAAGACCAGUAUGCCAACUGUCUCCUUUAUGGAUCAGGACCAGGGUCAGCUUCAUUUCUACAGUGGAGAGCAGCCUCCUUAUCUUGGUGCAAGUAUGGAUAAACCCCAUCAUCACCCUUCAGAACUUGCAGACAAAUCUCCCACACCUUCUAAUUUGCCUCGGGACAAAAGCUACCCUCCUUCUGGGUCCCCUGAAGAGAAUCCCAGCACGGCCACCAUGGCUUACCUGACAACUGCUCUAGCAACAGCCGAGAUGAGCACCAGGGAAGCCAGCUGGGAUGUGGUUGAACAAGCCACCGCCGCUGAUUGCCCUGCUGUCACCCUUCAGCGCCCUCCGAGAACUAAUCGUCCCCUCCCCCCACCUCCUUCCCAGAGAUCAGCAGAGCUGCUGCCAGUCAUGGGGCAGGUACAGGCAGCCACCAACAUAGGACUAAAUAAUUCCCACAAGGUGCAAGUAGUCCCAGCUCCAGAGAGACCACCUGACCCCAGAGCCAUGGAUGACCCCGCACCCAUCCUGGGCAGUGAUGGCGCAGCGGCCCAGUGUCCCAUCUCUGGUCCUGCCCUCCAGCCAAGCCUUCCUGAAAAGGCGCGGGAAGGUGCCAGGGCCCCACCGUUGCCCCUGCGUGCCGACUCUGUCCCUGUGUUCUCAUCCUGUGGCUUUCCCGCACCGGUUCCCCCCACCAGGACAAUGGAGAGUAAAAUGGCCACAGCCAUACACUCCAGCAGUGCGGACGCCCCCAGCAGUUCCGGCUAUCAUCCCUUUGUCACUGCUUCCUCAGCCUCUGUGGAUGACGCUCUGCCUUUACCACUGCCUGUCCCACAACCUAAGCAUGCUUCGCAGAAAACGACUUAUUCCACCUUUGCUAGGCCUGAUGUCACCACUGAACCCUUUGGGCCAGAAAACUGUUUGCAUUUCAAUAUGAAUCCAAACUGCCAGUACCGUCCCCAGAGUGUACCUCCACAUCAUAAUAAAUUGGAGCAACACCAGGUGUACGGUUCCAGAUCAGAGCCACCAGCCUCCAUGGGACCUCGUUAUAACACAUACGUGGCCCCGGGAAGAAAUGCAUCUGGACACCACGCCAAACCAUGCAGCCGAGUUGAGUAUGUAUCUUCUUUGGGCUCCACAAUUAGGAGUAGUUGUUACCCUGAAGAUAUUCCCCCGUACCCUACCAUCCGGAGGGUACAGUCUCUCCAUGCCCCUCCAUCUUCCAUGAUUCGCUCUGUUCCCAUUUCCCGGACAGAAGUUCCCCCAGAUGAUGAACCAGCCUACUGCCCAAGACCCCUGUACCAAUAUAAGCCAUAUCAGUCCUCACAGGCCCGCUCAGAUUAUCAUGUCACUCAGCUUCAGCCUUACUUUGAGAAUGGUCGGGUCCACUACCGGUAUAGCCCAUACUCCAGUUCUUCUAGUUCCUAUUACAGUCCAGAAGGAGCCCUGUGUGACGUGGAUGCCUACGGCACGGUACAGUUGAGGCCCCUUCACCGCCUACCCAAUCGCGAUUUUGCCUUCUACAAUCCUAGGCUGCAAGGAAAGAACUUGUACAGUUAUGCUGGUUUGCUCCCACGUCCCCGGGCCAACAUGACUGGCUACUUCUCUGGUAAUGACCAUAAUGUAGUCAACAUGCCUCCAACUGCUGACGUAAAGCACACGUACACAUCAUGGGAUCUUGAGGACAUGGAAAAAUACCGCAUGCAAUCCAUCCGGAGAGAGAGCCGCGCUCGGCAGAAGGUGAAAGGUCCUGUUAUGUCCCAGUAUGAUAACAUGACCCCAGCCGUGCAAGAUGACUUGGGUGGAAUCUAUGUCAUCCACCUCCGUAGUAAAUCAGAUCCUGGGAAAACUGGACUUCUCUCGGUGGCAGAGGGAAAGGAGGGGCGGCAUCCAGCCAAGGCCGUCAGUCCUGAGGGAGAGGACCGCUUUUAUAGGAAGCAUCCAGAGCCAGAGUUCGAUAGAGCCCACCACCACGGAGGAUAUGGCAAUGGACAGUCAGAGAAACCGACUCUCCCUCAGAAGCAAAGUAGCCUCAGGAACAGGAAGCUUCAUGACAUGGGUUGUAGUCUCCCUGAGCACAGGGCACAUCAGGAAGCAAGCCAUAGGCAGUUAUGUGAAUCAAAAAAUGGGCCACCUUACCCGCAAGGAGCUGGCCAGUUAGAUUAUGGGCCCAAAGGGAUUCCAGACACUUCUGAGCCAGUCAGCUACCAUAACUCUGGAGGGAAAUAUAUUCCAUCGGGGCAGGAGUCUCUCAGACUGAACCACAAAGAGGUGAGGCUCUCCAAAGAGCUGGAGAGGCCUCGGGCUAGGCAGCCUCCUGCCCCAGAGAAACACUCCAGAGACUGCUACAAGGAGGAGGAACACCUCCCCCAGUCAAUAGUCCCACCCCCGAAACCAGAGAGGAGUCACAGCCUGAAACUCCAUCAUACUCAGAAUGUGGAGAGGGACCCCGGUGUGCUGUACCAAUACCAAACACAUGGCAAGCGCCAGAGCAGUAUGACUGUUGUGUCCCAGUAUGAUAACCUGGAGGGUUACCACUCCCCACCCCAGCACCAGCGAGGAGGCUUUGGAGGAGGAGCAAUGGGGACCUAUGUGGCCCCUGGCUUUCCCCACCCACAAAACAGGACAUAUGCUACAGCUUUGGGUCAGGGGGCCUUCCUGCCCACAGAGUUGUCUUUGCAGCACCCUGAAACACAGAUUCAUGCAGAAUGAGCCCUGGAGCAAUAGAGAUGAAGCAGCCUCUGCUGGACAGUGGACUGUUCUAUUUUUUUUCAGUAACCAAAAAGAUUAAAAAAAAAAAAAAGCUACAAUCCCCCCGACCACAUUAAAAAAAGAAACAAGAAAAAUCACCAUCUUUUUCCCCUUCCCUGCUUCAUUACCAUCUCUAGACUGUGAUUUUUGUCAUUAAAAGAAAUCUGAAUGAUUGUAAAGCACUGUGUUGAAAACCUAGUGAAGAAAUUUGUCACAGACCAUACUUGCCAUAUGGGGCUAAUUUGUCAGAGCCUGAGGACUGCCUUUAACUGAAUUUGAAUUUAACUUUGUCCUUCUUAGUAUUUGCUACAUAGCGCAGAGCGGUUUAUGUCUAGUUCCUGGUAGGCUUUUGCAUUUCUGUUGCAUUUCUACUAACUUUCUCAGUAGCCAUGCAGCUUGCCCAGGUCGACACUUGGUUUUUGUCACUUCGUUCUCCCUGACUUUGAAGGGUCUCAUGCGUUAAAUUAGAGUGGAGAAUAACUUCUCCCUGAUCCUUCAGAUGAAUCUCUCAGACAAUUAGCACAUUAUAAUUAAAAAAAUAUAAAGGAUUGAAGACUUUAAGCAUCCAAUAAAGAGCCAUCAUAAAAUGCCAGGCUGAACCUGGCGUUUACAUUUAGACCCAGGCUGAACCAUGUUCUUCACAUUCUUACUUCUUAGAGUCAUUCCUUGCAGUUCAGUGGGCAGGCUGACGUCAACUGCAGAAGGGAUUUCUAAAGUCAGGAGUAAAGAAACUUCUUAGGCAGAAGUCAGUGAACUUCGGUAGCACCAUAAAACCCUGUCAGUGCUUCUAACGUGUUGCCUGCCUUCAGUUAUUUUUUUCCUCAAUAAUAUUUGGUAAAUUGUAAUCCUAGUGAAACAUUUCACGCCAUUUGUUCUAAAGCAACUUUUUUUC